UGUGGGGUCUAUUUCUAGCCAUAUUUAUCCCAGUACUGCUGGUUUCCAUCGCUUUCACUCUGGCCUGGUUCAUAUACAAGAAACACAACAAUGCUGGGCACAGAAGGCACCUCCUAAUGAAAGAAAGCAUUUACACCACCGUUCAGAACCCAAUGUAUAAGACAGGGUUGGCGGAUACUCCCACUUCGGGAAACAAAGCCAUGGCGUCGUUUAAAGGAAAGCGUCCUUUCUGCAAUCAGCUUGGUGAUGACGUACACUACAGAAUGGAUAGAAUAGCUGAAGAAACAUCCUUUGAUGUCAACCGCUGUCAUUCCAUCGAAGAAAGAACUGUUGAGAUCUACGAUAUCGUAGAUUUUACACAAAUCAGAAUAUAAAUGUUCGUUGUGUAAAGAGUGACAAUGAAGGUUACGUAACUAAAUACAU